CGAGCCCCGACUGGGACUAACAAUGGCAGCUCUGAAAGGCGAGGGGAGGGUCAGACUAAUGCAAAUAUCCACUUUGUGCGCCUUGGAGAGAACCUGCACCAAACACUGGCAGCUACCAUCUUCCCCGCAAACAACAAGUCGGCAAGCGGAGAGGAGACUGUUUCUGGAGACAGUGCACUGGAGCAUCUCCAAAGUGGACCAAGUGCACCUGCUGAGGGAGAAAACACAGAGGACGCUGAGUCUUUGGACAGCUGUAUCCAGAGCACCUUGUCUGCCUUGUACCGACCCUUUAGUGCCACUGCUGCCACGGUCCUCUGGCAGCUCUUCAGUGUGGUGGAAAGGCAGUAUAGAGGAGACGGCCUCCGCUGCCUCAUUGACUUUUUGCUUCCCACCAAGAGGAUCCUUCAGAUCAUCCAACAAGAAACCUCUGUGAGGUUCAGAGGAUUGCUGUUCUACCAUGAGGGCUGGCCUCUCUGCAUCCAUGAGAAAGUCGUCCUCCAGAUCGCCCCUCUGCACAAAGUGCGACUAAAGCAAGGAGACUUCUACCUACAAGUAGUUCCUUUAGGCCGCAAGACUUCUAAGCUCGUGAUAAAAUGUUUGUCGGCCAGUGGGCAGGCCAUUACAGAAAUCCCCAUCGCAGAGAGCAUGUAUGGCAGCGUCUUCACAGCUGAGUUCCUGCAGAAUGUAACACGAGACAGAAAUCUGCAUCCGCUACAGAACUGUCUGCUCACCACCGGUAAGGCCGUGUUCAGGACACCGUGGAAGAACGUGGUCAACCCACUUUUUGUCAACAGCACCUCAGACGCCAUCAUGCAAUGCAGCAGAGGUGGAUUCCGCAGCCAGCUCAGCACCUGCAGCACGAGUGGAUCCACAGGGACUUUGGACAGCCACCGUAGCUCCAGAGAGUCCCUGCACUCUCAGGGAGACUCCAUCUUCUCUGAGCCUGCCUCCCCAAACAGACACAGCAUGGAACCCAGCAGUGAGACCCACAAUGUCAGUCCACCAGCCAGCACUACUCCCUUGAUUAAAAUCGAAGGACCCACUGAUGAGGAGCAGAUUACACAAGGGAGCAAAGAAAGCACUGAAAGUGAGCAAGGACUAGGGUCCAAGAUGCUCUCUUUUAGUACGGACCUUAGUAAUCCGGGCCCUCGACGCCGCCUCCCAAGGGACUCUGUGACAUUUGAGAGCAGGACUUUCAGGAAGUCCUACAUGGAGGCCCUGCAGAACCCCAUGAGCCUCGGGGCCAGCUCUGAAUCCAUUCUUGAGGAAAGCUCAGAGCACAGUGCUAGACUAAGAGAAAAGACAGUCACACCGGGCAGCAGCCCUGAAACCCGGACGUCCUCCAGAGACCUCUUAUCUCGGAGGCUGGGUAGCCGGAGCUGGCUUAGUAGUGACGACUCAAGGCCCAGUACACCUUUGCUUUAUUUACAGAGGGGGCUGAGGAGCGCAGAGAGGCGGGCUGAAAGACUCAAGUCACUGGAAAGAAAUAACAAGGCAGGACAGGUUAAAGGUCACAGAGAACGAUCCUCCUCUGGAGGCUCAUCCCAGCAUCUCCCCAAAAAGCUGAUGAACGGCUACACUCUUCGCUUUGGGAAGUUGGAUCUUGAAGGCUUUCCUGGUUCUGAGAGGAGGAGCAGCAAAGAGGGAGCCAGGUAUGAGAUGAAACUUCAAAACAAGAUGAACGGUAUAGGAUUAGAAGCUUAUAGAUUGAACACCAGCAGUGUGUGCAGUAUAAGCUGA